CCAGGCCAAUCAGUGCCAUUGAACAUUGAUGGGUGAACGACGCUGAGGCCGCACCCCAUCUGCUAUCUGCCAUGCCGAAUCCACAAUAAUACGGCAGUCGCAUGGAAGGCCCACUUAGUUCGACAUUAACAAAGAAAACGAAUGCCUAGGGGCAUGAUCAAAACAUGCUUGGAUGCAUGGGGUGAAUUCUCAUUGGAAGUCUUCCUGCCUUUUUUUUCAUACACCGUCAAGAAAACGCCGAACUGCAGUAUAGCAAAAUAUGGAAAUAAAUAAUCAAAACCCAAAGGCCGGACCCCCAAAGACAUGCACGGUCCUAUCAGACAAGAACAAAAACCUGUACAAUAAGAGAACCCACCAGUAAUCACGAACGUGGGGAAGAAAGCAAAGCGUGAAAAAGUGGAGGGGCUAAGUAGCGUCUUUAAACCUGGACGCUCUUUCCCUCCUUCUCCGCGAGCUUGGCCAACUCCUCGAAGACCUUGCCGAAGUCCUCACCAUCAGCACCCUCGUCCUUCUUGUUCUUGCCGGACUUGGGGGUGACCAUGACAACACUGGUGGGGCGCUUGGUGGCAGCAGAGGCACCGAGCUCAGCACGGGAGGUCACAAAGACGUAGGGAAUGCCGUGGUCCUCGCACAGAACGGGGAUGUGAGAGAUAACGUCCAUCGGGGAGAUGUCGGCAGCAAGAAUGACAACGGCGGAGGGGGUGUCGACCUUGGCGUUGGCGGCGGGGACAGGAGACUUGCGGAGAGCCUUGACGACUUCCUUGACACCACGCUUGAGGGACUUGUUGACGGCAGCUAUGCGGAAAGAGGGUGUUAGCUAUAUGUUCAUGUUGGGGGAAAAAAAAAAGUUAUGCAACGGAGUUGCGCCGGUGCAAUUGGCGUCACAUCGAGACAGCAUGACAAUUGUCCUGGCUUAUGCCGAGACCAAUGAAUGUAGAUGACAGACGAAUCGAGUCACAAUGAGAGAUAUAGUGGUUCCACUUACCCUUCUUCACGCUCUUGAGCACCUUCUUGGCCUGCUUGUCCUCAACCAGAGGGUUGGCGAAAGGAACAACAGCGCCGACGGGGCGGUCGACAACCAUGGCAUCGACCUCAAUCUCGGUGACACCGGCAGCGGCAGCCUGGUCCAAGCCCUCCAGGACCUGGGAGGUGAUCUCCUUCUCUACCGCAUCGGCGAGAGCGGUCUUGUCCUUCUUAUCCUUCUUGUCCUUCUUGGACUUGGAAAUACCGUCCUUCUCGGCACGCUUCUCCUUCUUCUCAGCGCGCUUCUUGUCCUUCUCGACCUUAUCUUUGCCCAUUUUGUCGGAUUUGAAUUGGAGACGGGGGGCGAGAAUGAGUUGAGUGGGUUGAAUGGGUGGUGUGUGUCAAGAGAAAUCCGCCUCGAAAUAAUUUCUUAAAAUUUUGACACUAGUCCCAAUGCAGAAGCUCUGGGCUGCUGACUAAGGCCCAAACACUCAAAGCCGCCAAACGCCUGCCUUAACUUGAAUGAGCUCAAUUCAAGUCGCGUCGUAUCUUCUGUUACCUGGAAGGGUGACAGUUACGGUCUUGAAGAAUCGAAAGUCGUCAAGUCGGCGGGGCUCGAUGGGCUCAUUGCUCCUUGCGGCCACUGGAACGUGAUCCACCAACGCCUCUCACCUCUCCUCCGACAUGGAGAACAGCCCGACGAAGCGACCAGCAUCCCAGCUGAUUGCUGGGUUUGGGUCACCUUCAGCGCCAGUCAGCUCGCGGAGCAUUAUGCAGCAGUCCGUUCUUUCUGUUAGACCCCAGCAGCCAACUCACGAUGCCGAGAAAGAUGAGUUGCGCGUCCAAGUCAGUACCCUCACCUACGAACUCGCAAACCUCAAGCAGGAACGGGAGAUGGAGGCAAUCCGGUACGAGAAAGAGACCAGAAGCCUCCAGUUAAAGGCCGAUGCGGACUUUCGGAAAGCGCAGGCCGCCGAGUCCGCCAGUCUCCGCGCCAGUACGAAGACCGAGGCAUUGGCGAAGGAGUUGAAAGCAACCCAGGAACAGUCUCUCAGUGACAAAACGGAAUUCGAGCGCAAGAUCCGAGACUUGCAGGAUGAAAAGUCAAAUAUUCAGGAAGAGCUCAACGACACGCAAGCUCAAUUAUCCGACCAAGAGCGCCAGUUCAAGUACCAAAUUAAUGAACUCGAAACGGUCCGCGCCUCGCUUCAGAAAACUAUCGAAGAGCUUCAGCACGAUUUACAAGAGGCGCGCAACGCCCAGCAAGUCACUCAGGAAAGGCUGUCCGAACGUGAGGCCGAAGUAGCGGAUCUCGAGGCACAAAACAUUCAGUUGAAGGCCGACGGUAGCGAUGCGGAAGCGUUGACUAUCCUGAAGCGGGAGCUCUCUGAACAGGUCAACCACAUCCGCGAGCUGGAAACUGCGAACCGGGAUCAGACGAUAGAAUUACGCCAUCUGCGCAAAGUGCAGAAGAACGUGGAAGUGGUUGAGGAGCAGAAGAGAUCUCUCGAAACCCAGUUGCAGUUGAUGAGCGGGCUUGAGGCAGAACUUGGUACCGUGCAAAUUCAGAAACAGGUUCUGGAGGACGAACGACAGUCAUGGGCCAGUCUCUUACAGGAAAAUGACCAGCCCUUGGAAUUCGAUUCCCCAGAGGCAGUGGUCAGGGCUCUUGUCCAAGAGCGGAUUGAGAAAGCCACAUUGAUCGACCGACUUGGAAUUGUUGAUGCGCAAUUCUUGGAAAAAGACGAAGUAAUCAGCUGUCUUGAGAAAGAGAAAACUCAACUUCGCCAAGAGUUGGAGAAGCUCCGCGCCGCAGGAAGCAUCUCAGUGGGUGCAUCAACACCCGCCGCGGCUGAGGCUCGUGUUCGCUCCAGGUUGGAGCGACAGCGUGCUCUCGCUGUGAAGGAGGUUGAAUACCUCAGAGCGCAGCUUAAGACUUUUGACACGGAGGAGGAGACCAUGAACACUGAACAAACCUACGACGAGCAAAAGUCGGCACAGAUCGCCCAGUUGGAACAGCUGGUUGAUGAAUACCGUAAUGACCUACAAAAAGCGCAUGACGAACUUUCUAAGCGAGAGGUGCCUCCGCAACAGGAGGACGCUCAAGCUCGGGGAACGAAGCGCCCUCUUUCACCCGCCGACAGUGACGCUGAUAAUGAGCGAUUCGCAGUCCUGACUCGUAAGAACAGGAAGCUGCAAGAGUCUCUAUCGAAGUCACAGCAGGCCACAACCCUAGCCAAGCGAGAGCUAGACGCCGCCAAAUCCCAAAUUAAGUCCUUGAAGGCCAAGUCACACACGCGGAUUCUAGAACUACGCGAAAACCCUACUGCAGAAGCGGAGAAGAUCAAAAUGGUCACAUUGAACACGCUACGCUCCGAGAACCAGGCUCUUCUGGCCCAGCUCCGCGGUGAGCACUCCGGUGUCAAGGUGGUACCUGUCAGUACACUUGACAGCCGCGAUCUCGAGAUACAGGAAAUGGAGCGAGUUGUGGCAGACAAGGAGAAGCGCAUGCGCCGGUUCAAAGAAAUCUUCACAGCCAAAUCCUCGGAAUUCCGGGAAGCCGUCGCCUCUUUGCUGGGCUACAAGCUUGACUUCCUCCCUAGUGGCCGUGUCCGCGUCACGUCAAUGUUCCAUCUAUCUGCUGCAUACCGCCAUGGCGACAGCGAUGCACCGUCCGAUGCUCGCGGGCCUGGAAGCAUGGGCAAUGGCGAGGAAAACUCCAUCGUCUUCGAUGGCGAGAACGGCACCAUGAAGAUCUCCGGUGGGCCGAACAGUCUCUUCGCACUGGAGAUCAAGCCGCUUAUCAAGUUCUGGGUUGAAGAGAGGAAGGACAUCCCUUGCUUCCUGGCAGCCAUGACACUCGAUUUCUAUGAUAAGACAACCCGGGCUGCCAGAAUAUAAUGGUCUCUUCUUCCUCCUCUCCAAUUGUGGCCAAUUGAUUGCUAUUUAAUCUUUAUGGUCUUCUUUUGAUCCUUGUAUGAUUCCCCGGCACGACGGAUUUCUGUGCUACGUUUUACCCUUCUAUGAACUUCCGGGUGUCUUUUCAUGUAUUCUCUAUGGGAGAAUUGCAUACUAUAUUACAUUAUACGAAGUGUAUUUGUCUUGCUCAAUCUUCCAAACCCCAUAGAAGUAAAAAUUUAGGACACUU